GACGCCUCUCACAUCGGCUCUCCCUUUCUUGAAAAAUGGGCCAGAAGACACCACAUAGUCUCCUGAUUCGCGCUGUAAAGCCCGCGACUUCAGGAUGAUAUAUUUUGCAUCCGCUGCUGUCUCGGAGUUGAAUAGGGUCGCCUUCACCCUAUAUAAUACCACUAUCCUGCAUUUCUCUAUCGCACCAAACUCCGGUCUCUUGCCCUUGUCUGUCAAUCUUCAGCGGCACACCGUGACGUCUCAAACUGCCAUGAUCUUUUCUCGCUUCUCACCCACCAAGGCCCUCCGUCGUCGCAUCCACCGGCGCUCCGUCGGCAUGUCUGGCGCCGACCAGGAUGCGGAUUCGAUCGAGCAGCUUUUCGUCGAGCAUGCCGAGAUGACCCCGCCAUCCGCUGACGCUCUGCAGGAUGUCCUCGAGACCAACUGCCCUUUCGGUUUCUCAAAUGCCACUCUCCAAGCCGAAAAUGCCUACAAGUCCCGCAUACACCUCCAGGGCUCAAGGUACCGACUCAACCGCGACCGUCAUCUGGCUGGCCGACCCGCGAUCGUCCCUGGCAUGAGACGCUCCGCCGAGCCCCACAGCGCCCGAACGGCGGACCGCCUGGUUCAUCGCUCAACGCGGUGCUCUAUCCGACCUUCUCCGCUCCGACACAUCCUGGCCCUUGCGGAACCUGCGAUCGGUGAACCGGAUGCGGCAGAGACGCCAUGGCUUCCGACCGCCGAAGACGAGACUAUCCUUGCAUCUCCCGCACCUUCUCAGCCAGACACCGCCAGCACGUCCACUAGGAGCCAGCCGCUGCCGUCGCCUGCUCGAGAACCGUUCUCUUCGUUGCUUCCUCAGGAGCCGCAUUACAUCGCGAAGCCAACGCCAAAACGCAUAAAAGAGUUGCAGCGGUUGCGAUUCUUCGACAAGGAAAACGUUCACCGAUCUUUUAUCGGUGGAAUGCGAAGGCCCCUGUCCUGAUUACAGGUUGCGUCAAGGAUUCGCUGUCAGGUUAUCAACUGACGCCUUGCUUUCUGUAUCAUAACUUUGCCGCUUUCUUCUCCCGUGUUUCAGCUUAGAAUAUAGACCUUUAGACAUAGAAUCGGGAAUAUCCCGUAAUGUACCGUGCCACCUCGCAGUGCAUCCGUCAUCCAAGGUGUUUCGAGGACGUAGAUUGUUCCCUCCAUCACAUCAGUGCAU